AUGGCGACGGCGGACGCCCUGUACAAGUCCAUUUUAGCGCGCGUCGAGCGCUCGGAGCUGCACGAGCAGAUGGAUAAAGUGGUACGACAGGACCUCGAGUCGAUGUGUAGCCACUUGAGCCACGCGUCACUGUCGAUCGCAGCGCUCCGGCAGCUGCAAGCGGCGGCAGCGCACGUGCGACCAGGCGGCGACUGGUUGCCAGUGACAUUCGAGACGCGAUUGAAGCGUAUCGAGGAAUUGCAGCUUCAGAUGGUGACGAAGGUGGAUCAGUUCAGUUUGGAACGGAGGAUGGGGAAGUGGACAAAGCUGGAGCGAAAGAGGAAGAGGAAGAGCAAGUCACUGGAUGACGAUGCGGUGGGUGUAAAAGACGAGAAAAGAUGUGCUGAGGGUACGGAAGUCGGAGAAGAUGAUGUUGAGAUGGGACUAGAUGAGGUCGUGAUGAUAGAGAUGGACAGGAGGGACGAGGGGGACGUGGAGAAGAGGAGAGAAGCAGAGUUGGCCUUUGUGUUUGGUGGGAGAAAAGAAGAAGAGGAAGAAACGAUGUGGUGUGGUAAACGCGAUCAUACGGAGACGAAGAUGGUGGAAGUAAAAGACGAGCAGGGGCAGCAGCAGCGAACGAAAGGGAAUGAAUUGAACGUGGCGGGUGUGAAUGUGAUGACGGCGGACGAGUUGAUGAAAGAAGAAGAGGAAGAAAAUGUAAUCGAGGUGACAACCGUGAUAGUUGUUGACAACAAGGAGCUAGCGAGCGAAUUGAUCCCCAAGCUUCUGGACGUGCCUGUGCGUGUGAAGGAGGAGUUAGUGAUGUGUGACAACGGACAGACUUUGCUCGAGAAGGUCGGAUUUGGGUCGGAAGCGAAAGAACUGGCAAACGAAGUGGCGCCGAAGCCAGAGGAUGCGCCUUUGCUUGUAACGGAAGAACCAGCAAUGUGUAUCUACGGUCAUGGUCUGCCCGAGGACGAAGGAUGUGGGUUGGAAGCUAAAGAGCUGACAAAAGUGAUAGUGCCAAGCUCGCAGGAUGCACUGUUACCUGUGAAAAAGGAAUCAGUGAUGUGUGCCGAUCGGUUCGUGUCGUCGAAAGACGAAGAACCCAGGUUGGAUCAUUAUGCAGCUACUGCUGGAAUCGCAAAGUCGGCUUUGAAUGAGCUGACGAUUUCCGAAUCGUCCAGUGAGUCAGCAGUGGAGCUAGAGGUGCCAGAUUCUGAUUCUGACGAAGCGUUUUCGCCUGUCCACGAAACAGUGAAACGACUAAAGAAUUCGAGGGCUUCUACCCAGCUGGUCAUGCUUCCAGCGGCUGUGGAUCUACUACGCGCCUACCUAAUUGAUCACAAAUACAUGACUGUUGUCGAGAUGGAUGGAUGUUUAUUCACGCACAAGCCUUUUACAGGUGAAGAGGCUCACGCGAUUUGUCGUACGAUUGAAACCAUCAUCUCUGUGGUCACGAAGUUACCAAUGCGACCAAAGAUCAAGCUGGCGCUUUGCGACUUGUUCACAACCGUUGAACAGCUUGAGCUCGCACUGGGCGAACUACCCGAAUCUUUACGUCCGGCUACGAAUAGGUUAUCCACUUACUUCAACUUGCACGUUGGAAGAGGUUGCGAACGCUGGAAAUUUUGA